AUGCAGAGCACCUUAGUGCACAUUGUCUUUGGGGUGGUUGUAUGGAAAAUGUCACGCCUUUCUCUUAUGGGGAGGAGGGACCAGGGGAAGCAGGAAUUCUUUUUUCAAUUAAAGUUGGAUUUGACCUAUCAUGACAGUUCUAUUAGCUUGCAAUUGUUGACUUGGUGGACACAGAGCAAGAAUGAAGAAGAGGAGUUCAACACAGGGCCACUUUCUAUUCUGAUGAUGAGUGUCAAAAAUAACACACAGGUGCUUAUCAACUGCAGAAAUAACCGAAAGCUUCUUGGUCGUGUGAGAGCUUUUGAUCGACACUGCAACAUGGUGCUGGAAAAUGUUAGAGAAAUGUGGACAGAGGUACCGAAGACUGGGAAAGGCAAGAAGAAAGCUCUUCCUAAACCCCAAGUGAGAGGUAUACGCCUGUUGGUUUGUGGAAGCAUGAUGGGCUAG